GACGCGGUGCGUCAGUCAUUGUGAAUGUCAUGAUCGCAUCGCUCGGACUCUGUCGGACUCACAGCAGAAGAUGACGGAGGAGUACGAGGGGUCGCGCGCGCUCAGUCCGGCCGUUUCGUCCGGUUCCGUGUCGCAGGAGUCUGACUCUGACGCGCCACUGUCGCCCGCCGGGUCUGACGGACACGCGACGGGUAAGAAGCCGGAGGACGAGGACGCGCGUUUCCCGGCUUGUAUCCGGGACGCGGUAUCACAGGUGCUGAAGGGAUAUGACUGGUCUCUCGUGCCUGUACCGGUGCGCGGCGGGAGCGCGCUGAAGAGCAAGCCGCACGUGAAGAGACCCAUGAACGCGUUCAUGGUUUGGGCUCAAGCGGCGCGCAGGAAGCUCGCGGAUCAGUACCCGCACCUGCACAACGCCGAACUCAGUAAAACUCUCGGAAAACUCUGGAGACUGUUAACAGAGAAUGAAAAGAGGCCGUUUGUGGAAGAAGCCGAGAGACUGAGAGUCCAGCACAAGAAGGAUCAUCCAGAUUAUAAAUAUCAGCCAAGACGACGGAAGAGCGUGAAGACGGGACAGAGCGAGUCUGAUGCUGGAUCUGAUCUCACUCAUCACGUGUAUAAAGCUGAACCUGUCAUGCCUUUGUCAGAUCACCACACAGGACAGGGACCCCCGACACCCCCCACUACACCGAAAACGGACUUUCAUGGAGGAAAGCAGGAGAGGAGACGCCUGCACGACACCAACCGACAGAACAUCGACUUCAGUAACGUGGACAUUUCUGAGCUCAGCACGGAUGUCAUCGGCAACAUUGAAACCUUUGACGUGCGUGAGUUUGACCAGUACCUGCCAGUCAGCGGUCGUAGCGGAGGCGCCUCGGAGCUCGCACAUGGGCAGAACGUCAGCUCGGGAGCGGCUUGGAGUCGUAAAGGAGGUGGGACCUCGGCAUUGUCUGCUCAGCUUCACAGGCCUCAGAUUAAAACAGAGCAGCUGAGCCCGAGUCACUUCAGCGAGAGCUCACCCUUGCACUCAGAAUACGACGCGUACAUCGCCUCCAGCGGCCCGCCAUUCUCCAGCACGCAGUGUGACUAUACCGAUCUACAAAACUGCUCACACUACGGCCCUUACUCCAGCUACCCGUCCGCUCUCUACCCGUACCCGUACUUCCAUUCGUCACGGAGACCGUACGGAAAACCUAUAGUGUCCAUCCCGCCAUCCCACAGCCCAACGGCCGGCUGGGAUCAGUCCGUUUACACCACCCUAUCCAGACCGUGACGGGACCUUUAUGCCAACAGAUGCACUGCUGACUCCGUCACGUUUACCCGUCAGGGAAUUUUUACCUUUCCAAACCUAGAAAUGAAAUGGAAAAGUUGUAGAAAUGUCAAAUCAAACUACAUUUUUGUAGUUAUGCUCAUCUCAUUUUUUAUUGGCCUGAAGUGCUCGCUGCUCUUAGUACGUGAGGCAUUUUUAAGAAAUCUUUAUCAUGAGGAAUCGGUGGAAAUCCCACGGUAAAGCCACAGAAUUGAGUUGACAAUGAAGAAACAAUUCAGAGAGAAACAACCUGGGACCAAAGAAGUACUUUGACAAAAUUCAUUUGCAUUUGCUUCAGCCGGCGACAAAAUGUAUAAUAAUGAAAAUGAUCCUGUGAUGAUGAAGAACAGUAGUGUGAGUGUUUGCUUAAAACCAAGAAAAGAAAAGAAACUGCCAGCCUCCAUCAGUGCAUUCUAAAAUGAAGGUUCUCACACACAUGUACAGGAGAAAAACAACAAACACAAACAGUUGAGGAUGAUUGUAAUACAGAGAGAUCUUGAGCUGAUUCCUGCAGGAUAAAUCUCAAUCAUGAGUUCAUUCUGUAAUGUCGUAAAGCCGUCGAGACUUGAGGCAGAGUGAGAUGAAACAGGUGUGUUCGGGACACUAGAGGAGCACGUCAGCUGUCUGAAAACAUCAAUCGUGCCACAGGCUCUUGAGGUGAUGAAGAAUAUUGUUUGAGUUUUGAUCGUUUACAUACUUAAACUGCAUUCCUUACACACACACACACAGUGCCUCCAAAUGCUUGAUGUCGUGUCGAGUAUCUUAUUCUUUUCAUAGAAACAUUUGGAUUCCAUUUCAGGGUGUGAAGCAAAAACACACAACACAGUGUUUUAUUUACUUUGAAUUUCCUAGUGUCAUUUUUUUAACAGCGUUUCUGUCAAUCUUUACUUUGUGUUUUAACAGGAACAUUUUCUAAUAUUCAUUUAGUCAAUAAUAAAGAUUUCUCCCUCUGAAAUAUGUCUACUUAAUUUAAUAAACCAAACUGUCGUUGAUGUAUUAAAAUGAAAAAUCGAAAUGACUUUUUAUUUAUAGAAUGAUUUGUUUUGGUCAUUUGUCAGUCUGGGUAUUAAAAUGAACACCGUCUGUAAUCAUUUUUUGUAAUUUACCUUAUUUUUCGAUCUGCUUCUGUUUUUUAACUAAUGACCUUUUACAUUAUAAAUCACAGACAGAUACACGCAUGUAUAUAAACAAAAGAAGAAACAUUGAAUUGAACAGUUGUGUUUAAAGUUGAAUGAUUUUUUUCUAUGUGAAGCAACUGUUGCGGUGAGAUGUUGGUAACAGCUGUUGGGCCAUUUGUUCUGUAAGACAACAGCUGUCAGUGUCAGAUGCUUUAACCCCUUUUACAAGAUGCUUUUAUAACUUUAUUUUCAUUCUCAUGUACAUUUUACUAGGCAUUAAUAACAUUUAAUGUAAGUGAUUUUAGUGUGUUUCAUACGGCUUAGAUAAAAGUGUUUGAUGGGUAAGAAAGGAAAAA